AUGACUUCUCUCCAGCACCUUGAUCUUGCAUCAAACCUUUUCAACUCUUCAAUACCAAGGUCAUUUGAUAACUUGAGAAGUCUUAUCGAUCUCAAUUUAGAAGAAAAUCUUUUGCAAAGCAUUGAAGGAGGUUUGUUCACUUUCCUGAUGAACAAACCAUUCCUUGAGUCACUAUCUUUGAAUUAUAAUGAACUUCGUGAGGAGAUAUUUUCAGUUGAGGCAAAUUCUUCGGGGCUUACCGGGAAAAACUUAGAGCGAUUGGAGAUAAGUAAUAAUUUUCUUCAGGAAGCUUUGCCAGAUUGGUUGGUGCAAUUGAAAAACCUGAAAAUACUUGACUUAUCAAAUAAUCAAUUACAUGGAACCAUCCCGUCAUCAUAUGGUUGGCUAUGCUUGGAAGAACUUGUUCUUUCUAAUAAUCAGUUGACCGGGAAUAUUUCAGAGGCAUUAGGAAGAUCGCAAGUCUUAUCAACUUUAGAUCUCAGUAAUAAUCUUCUAAAUGGCACCAUUCCUCAUAGUCUAGGGCAACUUCAAGAUCUUUACCAUGUAGAUCUUUCAGCAAAUUCCUUGAGAGGAAUACUUUCUGAAAUCCACUUCUCCAACCUCUCGAAGCUAUCGUACUUAGAUAUUAGCAACAACAAUAUAGCUUUUGAGGUGCAUUCCGACUGGAUACCGCCCUUCAAUUUGUUGUACAUUCGGAUGGUGUCUUGCAAGUUUGGAACAGAAUUUCCGCGAUGGAUAAGAUCACAAGUCGAGGCAACAGAGAUACUUUUGUCCAAUGCCUCCAUCACCGGAGCUCUCCCAAAUUGGCUAGGUCUCAUGUCGUUCUCCUACUUGAAUCUCUCUUACAACCAAAUAAAUGGAUCUAUGCCGAAAUUUUCUUCUAAUUUGUACUCAUUAGAUCUCUCUCACAACUCAAUCUCAGGACCUAUUCCACAUGAUAUUGGCCGGGCGAUGCCUAAUUUGAAUUCCUUGUAUCUGAAUGAUAAUCUCUUUAGUGGUCCAAUGCCAACCUCAUUCUGCGAGAUAGGAUUGGAAGUGUUGCACCUUGGAAGGAAUGAAUUAGUAGGCAAAAUCCCUGCAUGUUGGCAGGAUAAUCCUAUGAUUCUCCUUGAUUUAUCAUCCAACAAAUUGUCUGGAGUCAUACCAAGUUCUUUGGGAAAUUCAAUUGGGCUUCGGUCAGUACACUUGAAUAACAACGGUCUCCAUGGAGAAAUUCCAGCAACUAUGAACAAUUGCAAGAACUUGGUGAUUUUGGAUGUUGGCGAGAACAAAAUCUCUGGAAGUGUUCCACAUUGGUUUGGACCAAGCUUUCAAUUUCUACAGAUUCUUCGACUGCGAGAAAACAUGUUCAAUGGUAGUAUUCCUUCACAGCUAUGCUCACUCUCUGCAUUGCAAAUAAUGGACCUAGCAGUGAAUAAUUUGACAGGAAAGAUUCCAAAUUGUCUUGGCUAUGUGAAAAGUAUGAAACUGCAAAAAAGCACAUAUGAAGGAAACUCGCUCUCCCCUGCUUCUAAGCCUGCACCUUUGGAGAAUCCUACUGCCAUCCCUCCGACAAAUUGGAAUCAAAUGCAUGUGGAACAGGUCGUGAAGGGGAUAGACCUUGACUACACAACACUUGAUCUACAGCUUAUGGUCAAUUUGGAUCUCUCGAGUAAUAGAUUGAUUGGGCCGAUCCCUAAAGAGCUUACCUUGCUCUCCAAAUUGCGAGGCUUGAACUUAUCCCGCAACUUCCUUUCUGGAGGCAUCCCUACUAUGAUUGGAGACAUGGAAUCGCUUGAGUCACUUGAUCUUUCGAAUAAUCACCUUUCAGGAACAAUCCCACAAAGCUUUUCUGCGUUUACAUCAUUGAGCAAACUAAACUUGUCACACAACAAUUUCACGGGGCCAAUUCCCAAAGGAAAUCAAAUCCAGACCCUUGAUGAUCCUUCCAUUUAUGUUGACAAUCCUCUACUUUGUGGCGAUCCUCUACAAAAGAAAUGCCUAGGUGUGGAGGCCCCUCAAGCACCAAAAGAAGAUACCGAUGAAGAAGGUAAGCUUGAAAAGGUGAUGUUCUGCGUAGUCAUAAUGCUUGGGCUUGCGAUUGGGUUUUGGGGAGUUAUUGGAGUUCUGGUGUACAAGAAGAAUUGGAGACACAUGUACUUUGACUAUGUGGAUCGUAAAAUAGACAUGAUCUACGUGAUCAUUGUAGUGAAGGCAUCCAAGUUGAAGAGGAAAUUGAGAAGAGCAUAA